AUGUCGUUCUUGGCUAGCGGGAGCCGCUCGAUUCGCCACCGCCGAGUCGGGCCCCCGGCCACCCUGGUCCUCCCUACCUACGCCUCCCCUUCCCAGGGUGGGGGCAGUUGGGGGGAAGGAGAGGAUGACUAUGAGGAGGAUGGGGUAAAUGAAGUGGUCCGGGACCUGCGAGCCGAGCUCUUGGUUGACACGCCACCACCUCAGCCACACAAACACAAUGGGGUCACCCCGAGGGUGCCUGAGGCCGCCCGGGCCCGGCGGUGGCCGGUGCAAAUCCUCUCGGUGGUCUGUUCUCUUCUCUUCGCUGCCCUCCUUGCUUUCCUCCUAGCUAUCAUCUACAUGAUUGUGAAAGAAUUGCAUGCUGAGAAUUUGAAGACUGAAGAUGGUGUAGAGACUGGUUUAUUAGGAUUCUGGACUUUGUUUGUUAUAUCCUUAACAGCAGGAUUCUCGUGUUGCAGUUUUUCUUGGACAGUGACUUAUUUUGAUUCUUUUGAACCUGGAAUGUUCCCUCCUACUCCUCUUUCACCAGCAAAGUUCAAGAGAUUGACAGGUCAUUCCUUCCACAUGGGCUACAGCAUGGCAAUUUUGAAUGGCAUUGUGGCUGCUCUCACUGUAGCAUGGUGCCUCAUGUGAAUCCACAUUAGUUCCCUGGCAAAGUCAUUUUCUACAGAAUGCAGAACAUCUGAUUCAUGUUUUUUUAAUGACACAGAAGAACAUAAUUUCCUAUUUCAAAAGACAAUGGAUUAUCUGCUAUUUAUUGAUUAUUUUAAAUUCAUCAUCAACAUGAAUAACAACAAAUCACUGCUCUUUGAGUGCUGGUGUUGUGUGUAGGUCACUGUCCUAGACAAGGAGAAUUUCCAUCUUUUAAUGUUUGAGGUGCUUUCAUAUGGAAUUUGAGAGUUUACCUCAUUUUUUUUAAACAUUUGUAUGUUUGUUUUUUUUAAGAAAGUAAUCCUAAAACUUGAAUGCAGGUUAUAAAUUUGACAGUAUGCUUCUAUAUAAAAGUAUACUGCCCUUCCAUUAAGAAACAUCAGAAUUAUUGAAAUAGUAGAAUUUUGGAUCUCAUUUUUAUAUUAUAUUAAAUUAGUAUUAGAUUAGUAAAGGAAGCACAUGCUUCCUACUUUUAUAUUUCAUGCUUUAAAAAUCAUUGGUGACCUGUACAAUCAGAAUUUGUAGACUUUGAAUUAUUCAUUCACAAAGAGUUAUAUUUAUAGAUAUUUUUCUAUUUUAGUAUGCAUUUUUAUAAUGAUUUUUGUAUUCUUUUUACAUUUUAUUUUGAAUUAGUUCUUUUAAUAUGAGUGCCAAUUUAAGACAUUUUCAAACUUAAGUAAUUUUAGAAUGUCAUUAAUUGGUUCAUAUCUAGUGUUCCCUACUCUCAUUGUACAGUUUUGUUUUGUUUUUUUUCUUAGAAAAAAAAAAACACACUACAAACGUAGAUUUUUAAAGACAUUUAAAAAAAUAACCUGUUCUAUUUAUAAGAAUUGAUUUUAAAAGUAAACAUUGAAGUUAGAAAAUCACCUCAAUUCUAGAAUAUGGAAUUUUAAAUAAGCUUUUUAAAAAAAAUUUUUUGGUGAGGCAGUUGGGGUUAAGUGACUUGCCCAGGGUCACACAGCUAGUAAGUAUCAAGUGUCUGAGGCCAAAUUUGAACUCAGGUCCUCCUGAAUCCAGGGCCAGUGCUCUAUUCACUGUGUCACCUAGCUGCCCCAAAUAAACUAUUUUUUCUAACACCAAAAUUAUAUUAGGAAAGCUUGUGUUGUCAAUCUACUUGCAUAAGAUAAACAAGAAUAGAGAAUUUUCAUUACAUUUCCCCGAUUUUGGUUAAGUAUUUUGCUAUGUGAAUUAAUGAACAAGUUUUCCAAUAGCAUGGAAUUUGUGUAUUUUUUCCAUUAGUCUUUAAAAAGAAAAGAUUAUAAUGGCUGCCCUAAAAGUAGACAAUUAUGUGGAGUAUGUUCAUAGAUUAAUGGGGUCUGGAAUGCAUAUUUAAAUCAAUCAGGAUUGAGUAUUCAUCAGUUAUUUUAGGGAUUAACUGCUCAAGCCCUUAAGGGUAUUUUUAUCUUCUUCUAAAUUAAGAAUAAAUGCAUAGAUCCUCAAAUCAACUCUUUGCAAACAUGAAAAUUGCUAAAAGUCUUUGGUGCUCAAGUGGUAUUUCCUUUCAUUAGAGUACCACAACAUGUCAAGAAAUUCCGAUGGUCAUUACUCCUUGUGACAAAGAAUAAUGUAUCUAGGAAAUUUUGCUUACUGAUAUGGCAGGUCCAUGAUCUUUCUCCCCUUUUUUUCUGGUUCUACAUAGCCUGAUGUGAAAAUCAUCAGUAUUGUCUCAUUAUACUUUAUCUCUUUGGAAGAUGAUCCUCUUUGUGGCCAUAACCAAGAAAUGGACUCACUGAUCUCAAAGUGCUUUGAAGCCCACUAAAAAUGAAUUCUAUUUUUAAUCUAUAUGCUACUUCAUCAGGAAUUGGUUUUUGAAUCAGAAAAAAAUGUUUUAAUUGUCUUAUUGAUCUCUUAUUCUUUGAAAAUAUUAUUUUUGUUAGACAAAUUAUGUAGCAAGACAUGUAGUACUGCCAUUAUGUAUCAGGAAUAUAAAUCCAUUUCUGCAGAUUUUUGUGGCAUUAAAUAAGGUGAAGGCAUAUUUGUUAGACUUCUGAUUGAAGUGAUCACUUCCAAAGAAACUCUUCUUAAAAAGGUAUGAAUAUUUCAACAGUAAGUACAUAAAAAGAAUGAUAAUAAUAACAACAAUAACACAAAUAACACAUAUAGUGUUUUAAGGUUUGAAAAAUGCUUUACAAAUAUCUCAUUUCUCCCCAUGACAACCUUGGGAGGUAGAUGCUAUUAUCAUCUCCAUUUGACAGAUGAGAAACCUGAGACUAAGGGAAGUUAAGAAUUUUGAACAGGAUCACAUGACUAGUCAAUAUAUGAAACAGGAUUCAAACUCUGGUCUUCUUUGACUUCAUGUCGUGCUCUAUUCACUGUAUAACCUUGAUUUCGGGUUUAAGGAAAUAGAAUAUUUCUACUAGUUGGGGCAGUGUAUGCUCUUUGUCAUGUGACCAAUUUGGAUUUGCUUUUAAUUUUUUUUUUUUUUCUUCAGGGGAUGAUCCACUGUUACUGAUAAAAAGUAGUUCCUUUUUAGGAUUUUGACUAAUCAACUGAUGUUUCUUGAAGUAUGUAAUGUAUCGAUGAGGCAAAUCAUUAAUAAUAAGACAAAUAUAAAUCAAAACUCAUUAUUUCACUUGACACCCAAUCAGUUGGUAAUGAAACAGUACUGGAGGGGCUGUAGGAAGACAUACACAUCAAAGUGGUCUAACUCUCUUACAAAAGAUUUUGGAAUUAUGCAAGGAAACUAACUUUUCAUGUCCUUUAUGACAGUAACUGCAUAGAUAUUGGUUUACACUGUGAUUAUAUAAGUGUACCUAAUGAAUGGUCAAGAAAUAAUAUUUGCCUCUCCUCACCAGGAUGUUAUGAAGACUAAUGCCUAUGAACUGCGUUAUCUCAAAACUUUGCUUAAAGAAUCGAUACCAAGUAUUUCAUAAGUAUUUUAAGGUGAUUUUCAUCCAUUUGUCUCUAUUCAAAUUUGGAUUCAUCCGAGGUCAAAAAUCCCUUUCCUCCCUUCCCCCCAACACACACACACACACACACACACACUCUCUCUAUAUCUGGAAGAACUAUAGAUAUAGAACUGGAAGGGACCUUAGAGAUAAUCCUAGUCAAAUCUUUUAAUUUUACAAAUGAGGAAAUUGAGACAGAAGGAGGUUAAAUCAUUGCAAUUGUUUCAUGUAAUUAAUGAGAGAAACGGGACUAGAAUCCACAUUUUAUACUUCCUAGUCCUUACCAAGUUUCCUCUUAUCCUGUAUUUACUUUUCACUUUCAAUUUUGGGAAGCAAAUUGUGAUUUUUUUUCCCUCUCCAUAAUUUUUUCCUUUUGACAAUUAACUGCCAUGGCUGGAAUCAGGAGCCAUUCAGAAGGCUUGGUCAGAGCAAAGCCAUAUAAGCAGAUAUGAACAACUAUCAAAAAAGGGAGUUUGCUUAAGUACUAAUUUUGCUUAUUCUUAAAUUAUCAUAGGUUCAACUUGGGAAAGUUUGUUAUAAACUGUAACUUUUAUGCUUUAUCCUAUCAGUAGUAGCAAUUCAUGUACACAAGCAUAAUUCCUUCUCCCUUAGUUAUCAGCAAAAUUGCCCAAAUAUAGGUGUGGUAUAUUGGUUAUAGCCUUAUCAUGGUCUUAACUGAAAGAUUAUAUUCAACCUCUCUAUUUUUGUUGCAUUUGUGAAAUACUUUGUUUUGCAUAGUCCUUAAGAUCCUGUUUUAUAUAAUUAGUAAUUUUUUUGCUCUAAGAGAUGGGCUUUAUAAUUUCUUAAUGUCUAUCUACUCUUUAAUCAUGCUGAACUAAAACUAUUUACAUUCAUCAUAUAAAAUUUUAACAUGUUUCUUUUAGUGUAUGUGUUUACAAUAAUAAACCUUUUU